AUGAGCAUCGGCGACGGGGAUAAGGUUCUAUUGGUGAUUCCCGAUCGAGAUUCCCCGUCGCCGCUGCGAAGUUCUGACGAAGCGAAGAUGAAGAAGAGGAAUAGGAAUAGGGCAUAUCAACCGCAACCCAGAGAUUUGUUGUUUGCUCCGAGGGACUGCGACCAAUCAAUUCAAAACGCCAGCGUGCCCACUACAACAUCCUGA